UCCCUUUCUCUCUCUCUCUCUCUCUCCCUUUCUCUCUCUCACUCUCCCUCACCCUCCAUCAGUUUCUCCAUCAGCUUCAGUCAGACUAGAAGGGAGUUGGAGGCUACUGGGUCUACUGUCAGAUAGGCAGCACUAGAUCCAACAACCCACAGGAUUAUUUACCUUUAAAGGAAUAUACUCUUUUCCUUGAUUCUACCUCUUGGCUUUCUGUCUUCCUUCAUCAACAUCCACAUCCUACUCUUACUCUUCUUCCUCCUCCCCCUCGUCCUCCUCCUGCCUUUCUUUCUCCUGCUUCCACACCCUGCCUCUGAGUGUGUUGGAGAGAGGCACUGUUCGCGCGGCAAAGCGGUUCGAGUGGACCUCAGUGUGAGUGUGAGUGUGAGUGUGAGUGUGUGAGUGUAUGUGUGUGUGUGAGCCUCUCCAGUCCACUCUCUCUCUCAGUGGAACAGCCCUUUUUAAAUGGACUUUUAUAUUGGUUUGAGACUUUAUCACCACUGAAAGCAACACCACUGCCGAAGCACUACUGUACAUGUUGGAAUAAAAACUGAUCAGAAAAUCUUUAGUCCCAAGAUGAGUGAGGAAGCUAAAGAUAAAACCACUGGCAAACCAGCGCAUCGUAAGAAGAAAGGCAAAAAGUCGGACAGCAAUGCCAGUUACCUGCGAGCAGCGCGGGCUGGGAACCUGGAGAAGGCCCUGGACUACCUCAAGUCUGGGGUAGAAAUCAACAUCUGCAACCAGAAUGGGUUGAAUGCUCUUCAUCUGGCCUCUAAGGAGGGUCAUGUAGAGGUGGUGGCUGAGCUGCUGAAGCUAGAAGCCAAUGUGGACGCGGCGACCAAGAAAGGAAACACCGCUCUUCACAUAGCCUCCCUGGCCGGCCAAACGGAAGUGGUGAAAGAGCUAGUGACCAAUGGAGCCAAUGUGAACGCACAGUCUCAGAAUGGCUUCACCCCGCUCUACAUGGCAGCCCAGGAGAACCAUAUUGAGGUGGUUCGCUUCCUCCUGGAACACAACUCCAGCCAGAGUAUGGCCACCGAGGACGGGUUCACCCCUCUGGCGGUGGCGCUGCAGCAGGGGCAUGACCAAGUGGUGUCUCUGCUCCUGGAGAAUGACACCAAGGGCAAGGUGCGUCUGCCCGCCCUGCACAUCGCCGCUCGCAAGGACGACACCAAGGCUGCAGCAUUACUGCUCCAGAACGACCGCAACGCAGAUGUGGAGUCCAAGAUGAUGGUGAAUAAAACGACAGAGAGCGGCUUCACUCCUCUCCACAUCGCUGCUCACUAUGGCAACAUCAACGUGGCCACGCUUCUGCUGAAUCGGGGGGGAGCUGUGGACUUCAUGGCCAGGAAUGACAUCACACCUCUCCAUGUGGCAUCUAAAAGAGGCAAUAGUAACAUGGUCAAACUGUUGUUGGACAGAGGAUCCAAAAUAGAUGCCAAGACCAAGGACGGACUGACACCUCUUCACUGUGGAGCGAGGAGCGGGCAUGAACAAGUGGUUGAGAUCCUGCUGGACCGCGGAGCCCCCAUUCUGUCCAAGACAAAGAACGGGCUGUCCCCCCUGCACAUGGCCACUCAGGGCGACCACAUCAACUGUGUCCAGCUCCUCCUUCAGAACGAUGUCCCCGUUGAUGAUGUCACCAAUGACUACCUGACAGCGUUACACGUGGCCGCCCACUGUGGACACUACAAAGUGGCUAAGCUCAUAGUGGACAAAAAGGCCAACCCUAACGCUAAAGCACUGAACGGUUUCACCCCGCUUCACAUCGCCUGCAAGAAGAACCGCUCCAAAGUGAUGGAGCUGCUGCUGAAACACGGAGCAUCGAUCCAGGCUGUGACAGAGUCUGGACUCACUCCUAUUCACGUGGCCGCUUUCAUGGGACAUGAGAACAUUGUCAACUCACUGACGCAUCACGGAGCUUCGCCCAACACCACCAACGUGAGGGGGGAGACAGCGCUGCACAUGGCAGCCCGGGCAGGUCAGGCCGACGUGGUGCAAUACCUGCUGCAGAAUGGAGCGAAGGUGGAGACUAAGGCCAAGGACGACCAGACAGCGCUGCACAUCUCCAGCCGGCUGGGGAAGGCUGACAUCGUCCAGCAGCUGCUGCAGAGGGGGGCUUCUGCUAACGCUGCCACCACGUCAGGCUACACACCCCUCCACCUGGCUGCCCGCGAAGGUCACGAGGACGUAGCCGCCAUGCUGCUGGACCAGGGUGCAUCGCUGUCAGCCUCCACUAAGAAAGGGUUCAGUCCUCUUCACGUGGCAGCCAAGUAUGGGAAGAUGGAAGUGGCCAGCCUGCUUCUUCAGAAGAGAGCAGCUCCGGAUGCAGCUGGAAAGAGUGGGCUAACUCCACUGCAUGUAGCUGCUCACUACGAUAAUCAGAGAGUGGCUCUACUGCUUCUGGAUCAGGGAGCAUCUCCCCACGCCGCAGCCAAGAAUGGCUACACACCCCUCCACAUAGCUGCCAAGAAGAACCAGAUGGACAUCGGGACCACCCUACUGGAGUACGGGGCGGACACCAAUGCUGUGACCCGCCAGGGCAUCAGCCCUGUUCACCUGGCUGCACAGGGGGGCAGUGUGGACCUGGUCUCUCUGCUGCUCACCAAGAACGCCAGCGUCAACAUGGGCAACAAGAGUGGUCUCACACCUCUCCACUUAGCGGCGCAGGAGGACAAAGUCAACGUGGCGGAAGUCCUGCUCAACCAGGGGGCGGACGUCGACCCCUCGACAAAGAUGGGAUACACUCCGCUGCAUGUGGCUUGUCACUAUGGCAACGUGAAGAUGGCGGACUUCCUCAUACAGAACCAGGCCAGAGUUGAUGACAAAACAAAGAACGGCUACACGCCCCUCCACCAGGCGGCGCAGCAGGGCCACACCCACAUCAUCAACCUGCUGCUGCAGCACGGAGCCUCUGCCAAUCAGCUGACCGUGAACGGGAGCACAGCCUUGUCCAUCGCCUGUCGUCUUGGUUACAUCUCAGUGGUCGACACUCUCAGGCCAGUGACUGAUGAGAAUCUGACCUCUGUGACUGCGACAGAAAAACACAAAAUGAACAUCCCCGAGACCAUGAACGAGUUUCUGGACAUGUCUGACGAUGAAGCUAAGGCUAAUGCGCCGGAAAUUCUCAAUGACGACUGUAUUUCAGAUGUUGACGAAGGUGAGGAUGCAAUGACCGGCGACACUGACAAAUAUCUGCGGCCCCAGGACCUCAAGGAGCUGGGGGACGACUCUCUCCCGCAGGAGGGCUACAUGGGGUUCAGCAUUGGAGUCCGCUCAGCGAGCCCUAGGAUCAGCCUCCGCUCCUUCAGUUCGGAUAGGUCCAACACCCUCAACCGCAGCUCCUACGCGCGAGACAGCAUGAUGAUAGAGGAGAUCCUCGCCCCGACCAAGGACACGCUUCAGAGUGUCUGUAAAGACCUGUCCUACUUGAUUGACCCUCUCAAUAAGCACCUGGCUGUAACCCGGGACUACGAUGCAGAGUGUCUGAGGCGCUACAGCUGGACCCCAGACACAAUAGAUCACAGUAACACUGUGUCCAGCCCCAUUCACUCAGGCUUGUCCUCCCCGCUCCCUCAGUAUGACUCCAGAUUCCUGGUCAGCUUCAUGGUGGAUGCCCGUGGGGGGUCCAUGAGAGGAAGUCGAAGCAACGGCAUGCGUAUCAUCAUCCCGCCCCGGAAGUGCACGGCUCCCACCCGCAUCACCUGCCGCCUGGCCAAGAGGCACAAACUGGCCUACCCCCCACCCAUGGUGGAGGGAGAGGGCCUGGUCAGCCGCCUGGUGGAGGUCGGCCCCGCAGGAGCCCAGUUUCUGGGACCUGUGAUCGUGGAGAUUCCUCAUUUCGGCUCCAUGAGGGGAAAGGAGAGGGAACUGAUCGUGCUGAGGAGCGACAACGGUGACACAUGGAAGGAACACCAGUACGACUGCCAUCCAAGUGACAUCACAGACAUUCUCAACGGGAUGGACGAAGAACUGGACAGCAAUGCUGAGCUGGAGAAGAAGCGUAUUUGUCGGAUCAUCACCAGGGACUUCCCCCAGUACUUUGCGGUGGUGUCCAGGAUCAAGCAGGAAAGUAACCACAUGGGUCCAGAGGGCGGGACUCUGACCAGCCUGACCGUGCCCAUGGUCCAGGCCUCCUUCCCACAGGGGGCGCUCACCAAAAAGAUACGCGUUGGCCUGCAGGCUCAGCCCGUCCCAGAUGACAUGGUGAGGAAUCUCCUCGGCAACAGGGCCACCUUCAGCCCUAUCGUUACUGUGGAGCCCAGGAGGAGGAAGUUCCACAAGCCCAUUACCAUGACGAUCCCUGUACCGCCCCGAUCGGCAGAGGGCCACCCCAGUGGACCCAGGGGAGACUCCACCCCCUGCCUGCGCCUCCUCUGCAGCAUCACAGGUGGAACAUCUCCUGCCCAGUGGGAGGACAUAACAGGAACCACUCCGCUGUCCUUCGUCACAGACUGUGUUUCCUUCACCACAAACGUGUCGGCCAGGUUCUGGCUUGCAGACUGCCACCAGAUUCCUGAGACGGUCGGUCUGGCCUCUCAGCUAUACCGGGAGCUGAUCUGUGUGCCGUAUCUGGCCAAGUUUGUGGUGUUUGCCAAGAUGAACGAUCCUGUGGAGUCACGCCUCCGCUGCUUCUGCAUGACGGACGACAAGGUGGACAAGACUCUGGAACAACAGGAGAACUUUGAAGAGGUGGCCAGGAGCAAAGACAUUGAGGUCUUGGAGGGCAAGCCUAUCCAUGUGGAUUGCUAUGGCAACUUAUCUCCUCUUACCAAGAGUGGGCAGCAGCUGAUCUUCAACUUCUUCUCUUUCAAAGAGAACCGGCUUCCUUUCAAUGUGAAGGUCAGAGACAUGGGCCAAGAACCAUGUGGUCGACUCUCAUUUUUGAAAGAGCCGAAAACCACUAAAGGUCUUCCACAGACUGCCAUAUGCAAUUUGAAUAUCACACUGCCAACUCAUAAGAAGGACAUGAUGGAGUCUGAUCCUGAUGAUGAGACUGAAAAACCAGACCGACGUCAUACCUUUGCCUCCUUAGCUUUGCGUAAGCGCUACAGCUAUCUGACCGACCCUGCGGCGAAAACAACUGAUCGGAGCUCGCAGAGAACACAGCCUACUGGCUACGCUUACAAACCUGUCUUUUCAACGAGAUCUUAUCAGGCGUGGUCGGCUGUUCCUGUCUCCGUCUCUGAGCAAGCCAAGUCUGGGUUCGGUUCCCACUCCAGUUCAUCGUCCAACACGCCCAAUGCCUCUCCACUGAAGUCCGUGUGGUCCAUCACCUCGGCGUCCCCCAUCAAGUCCAACAUAGGCGGUUCACCGGCCCAUUCCAUCAAAUCAGUCAGCGACGUAGCAUCCCCCAUCAGGUCGUACAGGACAAUUUCAUCCCCAAUUAAGACUGUAGUUCAGCAGACCCAGUACCCAGUUCAGGUCACCCCCAGUCUCCUGUCAUCGCCAGUCAGAAGCGUUCCAGACCCCGUUUCCAUCAAGGGACUGGCAGCAUUGUCUUCUAGAACCUCUCCCAUCACCACUGGUGUGGGGUGUCUGCUAGAGAGGUCAUCAAUCGCCAUGAGCCCACCUGCUUCGCCCAAAUCCUCACUGAACAUGUACAGUUCAACUCUGCCAUUCAAGGGUGUCAUGGUGGGCACUGGCACCACAGCAUCGUCCUCUCCUAUAAAAACUGUUCCUGGCCUCUCCUCUGUCCGGUCCAAUGCAGACCCCUUAAGUCUAUUUUCCUCCCUUUCCUCACCAAUUAAAGCCAACACUCCUCCUAGUGCUGCAGCUCUGAUCAAUGGAACAGUAUCCCCUACAAAGUACCGCUCCUCCUCGCCCACGUCCCUACUCUCCAGCAGCUUACAGGAGAGGAUACAGGCAACCACCAAUGCAGCAACAACAAGCGUAAAUGCAGCCUUUGACGAGGUUGAAAAGACUUUCAAUUCCUGCUCUGCCUCUGGAUAUGGCACUCUGAAGUCCAUGUCCUCCUCCGCGUCAUCAUCUUACCAAUCCAUAAGAUCCUCAGCCUCUAGUUCCCUAUAUGCCACUCUAAGGUCCCCACCAAACUCUACCGCCACUGUCACAUCUGGCACCAUGACGGUCCCAGUGUAUUCGGUUAUAAAUGUGUUGCCAGAGCCCCAAUUUAAAAAGCUCCCUGAAGUGUCAACGCCAGCUGCUGCCCUCUCGUCCUCUCGAAAAACUGUGCCUGCUGAGACAAACUCAGCCCAGUCUUCCUUUGCCAGGACUCUGUCACCUAUCAAAUCCUCCUUAUUUAUGCCCCCGACUGCCCUGAAAUCCACCACCUCAUCCCCGCUGUCCUCCAGCCAAGAGAUACUGAAGGACGUGGCAGAAAUGAAAGAGGACUUGAUACGGAUGUCUAACAUCUUGCAAACAGAACCAAGUUCAGCCUCCAAAGGUUUCCAGUCUGACUGUCCCAAAGAGGCUAAAAUAGAGGACGAGGAGCCUUGCAGAAUUGUAGAGAAAGUUAAACAGGACCUGGUCAAAGUUAGUGAGAUACUGACCAAGGAUAGCAAGACGGCUAUUAAAAUUAAUAAAACAGAUGAGGCACAGUGCUCUAAACAAGCACCAGUGGAUCCCCAGCCAAGCAACUGGAGUUAUCCACCAAGAUAUGAGACAGUGGUUCCACAAAUCAAAACUAAGACUAUACCAGACAGAGAUUUUAAUCUAUUGAAGGUAGUAGACUACUUGACAAAUGACAUUGGCAGUGGCUCUAUCUCAAAAACUGCAGAUGCAAAGCAUAGAUCCGAUGAGGUUAGAAGGGAAGGAGAGGAGAAACAAAAAAGAAUGCUUAAACCUGAGCACAAGCUGAAAAUGCCACCCGCAAACAUGCGGUCCUCUGCCUCAGAAAAGGAGCUCUGUAAACUAGCAGAUGUGCUAUUUGGGCCUGAUGCCAUGUUAGAAUCUCCAGAUGACAUCUCACAUGACCAGGACAAGAGUCCCCUCUCAGACAGUGGCUUUGAGACGAGGAGUGAAAGGACACCCUCUGCCCCACAGAGUGCGGAAGGCAUGGGACCCAAGGCACUUUUCCAGGAUAUUCCACCAGUAAUCACUGAGACAAGGACUGAGGUUGUCCGUGUUAUUAGGAGUUAUGAGUCUCCUGAAGAUAACAAGCAACCAAUGAUGGAGGAUACAAGGGCAGUUCGAUACACUGAUGCAGAACCCAAAGAUCUGAAUGCAUCCAAUGUGGACCAAACUAAAUCAUUUCAGAUGAAAAUCAGCCCGGACGAUGACUCAAUGGGCAAGAGCAUGCGUGUGAAGGAAGAGACCCACAUCACUACUACCACACGAAUGGUGUACCACAAACCCCAGAGUAAAGAGAAUACAUCUGAGAGGAUGGAAGAAUCAAUGUCAGUGCAUGAUAUCAUGAAAGCUUUCCAGUCCGGCAGGGAUCCCUCCAGAGAACUUGCUGGACUGUUUGAGCACAGGGCCAGCAAUGAUGACACAUCGCAGAGGGAUAUAAACUUAAAGCCCAAAGUUGAAAGAAUAAUCGAGGUUCAUAUUGAAAAGGGCAACAAAACUGAACCAACUGAGGUCAUCAUCCGGGAAACAAAAAAUGACCCAGAGAAGGAGAUGUACUUCUACCAAGGGAACAGUGGCCUGUCACGACAGGGAGAGGAGGAGCCUGAAGAAUCGCUCCCCUGUUACCUAGAGUCUUCCAGAGUAAACACGCCCAUGUCACAGGAAGACGAUAGUCGUCCAAGCUCUGCACAGCUCAUGGCAGAUGACUCGUACAAAGCCCUGAAGCUUCUCAGCCAGCAGUCGGUGGAAUAUAAUGAUGAUGAAUCAUCAGAACUCAGAGGGGAGUCCUACAACUUUGCAGACAAAAUGCUUCUCUCUGAGAAACCAGACUCUUCUCACUCUGACACCGAGGAGUAUUUGAGGGACAGGUCUCAUUUUCACUCCCCAGAUAGGAGUAGUUAUAGUCAGGAACGGUCUAGUGGAUCAAGGCAAGAAUAUAUUUUGAGGUCAUCAAACAUUGACAAAUCAGGUCAAAUUGCCAAUGUAGAUGAUAACUUUGACAAACUAACAUUAUUGCAGUAUUCCUCAGAACCUGGUAGCCCAAAGCACUCUGUUUGGAUGCGUGUCACUGAUGACAGACAGAGUCAGAAUAGAGAAAAGCUAAUAUAUGAAGACAGAGUAGACAGAACUGUUAAGGAAGCAGAGGAAAAGCUUAGUGAAGUCUCUCAGUUUUUUCGUGAUAAGACAGAGAAACUGAACGAUGAGCUCUCAUCCCCUGAGAAGAAGUCCCGCAGGUCAGACUUUAGGGAAACACGAUCUGGGCCUAGCUCUACGCACAGCAGUCCUGAAAGAUCAACCUAUAAGAAUGGGAGCAGUGGUGAGGAAUGUAGAGAACGUUUCAGGGACAGGUUUGGCUCCAAUGAUAGAAAAUGUGCUAGUUUACCGAGCAGCCCAGAGAGGAGAGUGCUGCUACAGUAUAAUGAUGACAAUAGAAAACCAGGUGAUGGCACUUCACAGGGCAAUGCAGGUGACGCCUCUAAACCAUUUCAAAUGUCAUCCUCCAAAGUCAGCGCUGUUAGGCUAAAAUUUGAACAAGAGGCUCAGAAGCAAGAAAAGGGUCCACAAUGGGGACAAACAUCAAAUGCCCCAGUAAGAAAACUCCAGGAAAGUACACUGCCUGUGUUUCAAGUCUUUGCUGGCUCAAAUAUCCCCAAAUCACCAGACAGUCCAGGAAGUACCAGGAAAGUUCUAGAAAGUGAGGUUAGAGGAUCUAGUAGACCUAGCCCCAGUGCUAAUAGGUAUAUAUGCUCAUCUCCUAAACAUGACACAAACGGAAAUGAACAGGAAGAAAAAAAGUCCUUCAAAACUUGGGAAUGUCAUGGAAAUGGAAACUAUAAACCCCAAGUGUCAAAACUAGCUCACACGUUAGUUCAAGAUGCGCAUGGCAAUGACAGAAAUUCACAAAGAGAACUGCAGGGCUUUAGAGAUGGAAUAACCAGUAAAGAAGAGACAACCAAGAAAACUAUUUACACAGAGCUUGUGGUUCGAGAAAACCCAAAUAGUAGUGAUGUACGUACCGGUAGUCAAAAAAAAAACUCGGAAUUGCAAAUUCCUGUUAGAAUGCCGUGUAGUUUUUCAGAGAAUGAUCAAUCCACAUCAUUAAAGUUAGAUACCUCUGUUAAACUGUGUGAAAGGGCAGGAUCACAAAUACCUACUUUAGCUAGAAAUCGGUUGCAUGGCAGCUCUGAAGCCAACAAAUCUACAAACGACUCAUCGGUAGAAAAAUCCUCAGAUUCUUAUGAUAGUAGUCAGUCAACUGUAGUAUGUAAUGGUAUAGAUAGCGACCAAGUAGAAUACUUGGGAAACAUAACCCCUGUAGUUGUCACUGAGGGUUUCAAAGACAUCAAACCAUUGCCAGUUUAUGUAAACAUCCAAGUGGGCAAGCAAUAUGAAAAAGAAACAUCUGGACUGCUGGGAACGUACCAAAAAAUAGUGAGUCACGAGAGCCGAACAGUACACGAGACACGGGGAGCAUUUUAUACUGUCAAACAAAAACAGCCCCCAUCUCCUCAAGGCAGCCCAGAGGAUGACACUCUAGAGCAAGUAACUUUCAUGGACAGCUCUGGCAAGAGUCCUGUUACUCCUGAGACACCAAGCUCUGAGGAGGUGAGCCUUGCCUCCAGAAAGACAGAUUCCGUGAUUGGAUAUAUGGCCGGCAUGCCCAGUCCAAUAGCAGAGGAGUCUGAGGAAGACGAAGGAAAGACCUUCAUCUACAGGGAGUCUCUGCCAGAGAAAACCAAGCCUGCCUCAUCAGAACCCUCCAACAGAAACCAGGAAACAUUGAAACGACCCACAGAGAAACGAGUCGCUUACAUUGAGUUUCCCCCACCUCCGCCUUUAGAGGCAGAGCAUUCUGACCCUGAGAAGAGGGGGUCUUGUGCCUCCUCAGAGGCUGAGACAGAGAUGAUGGAGGUGAACCUCCAAGAGGAACAUGAUCAGCACCUCCUUGCAGAGCCCAUCAUCAGGGUUCAGCCUCCGUCUCCAGUUCCCCCUGGAGCAGAUGACAGCAACUCUAGCGAUGAUGAGUCUAUCUUCCAUCCCAUCCCCAACAAAAAGUACACCUUCAAGAUGAAGGAGAAGGAGGAAGGAGAGAAGCGUCUGAAACCCAAAAAGCCUGAGAGGAACGGAAACAACAAGGAGUCAGGUACUAAUGGCGUUGUUAAAGCAGAGGAGGAAGACUUGGAGCAAAAUGACCAGUCAAUCACAGACUGCUCCAUAGCCACAACUGAGUUCUCUCAUGACACAGAUGCUACUGAAAUAGACUCUCUCGAUGGCUAUGACCUUCAAGAUGAGGAUGAUGGGUUGAGUGAACAAGACCCUAAGACAUCCAGCCUGUCCAAUGAUGGCAAGACAUGUGAUCGUUCCUUUAGUCAAUCAAAGCUUGAAGUCAUAGAGGAGGAGAAAACACCAAGUGAGGAUGGAGGGGAUAAUGGGAAAGCAAACUCAGAUCAAAACAUUGGAGAUGAAAAAGACUACACUCUCGAGGGAAGACAUCCAGAUAGACAGGGCGAUAGACAAGGCUUUGCAGAUAACUUCUUUGGCUAUCAACUCGAAGAGGAGUUAAACUCUACCUUCAAAACUGUUGCCACGAAAGGCUUAGACUUUGACCCCUGGUCAAGCAAAGGGGGUGAAGGAGUUUUUGAUGCCAAAGCGAAAGAAGAAGAUCCCAAGCCUUUCGGUUUGUCUGUGGAUGACAAGUCGCAAGCCACCACUCCAGACACUACCCCUGCUAGAACCCCGACUGACGAGAGCACACCGACUAGCGAGCCUAACCCUUUCCCCUUCCACGAGGGGAAGAUGUUUGAGAUGACGCGCAGUGGUGCAAUUGACAUGAGCAAGCGGGACUUUGUUGAAGAGAGACUUCAAUUUUUCCAGAUUGGUCCUCAGAGUCCCUGUGAGCGAACAGACCUGCGGAUGGCCAUCGUGGCUGACCACCUGGGACUUAGCUGGACUGAGCUAGCUCGGGAAAUGGACUUUUCUGUCGACGAGAUCAACCACAUCCGAGUGGAGAACCCCAACUCCCUGACAGCGCAGAGCUUCAUGCUACUAAAGAAAUGGGUCAGCCGGGAUGGUAAAAACGCAACGACGGAUGCCUUAACUGGAGUGCUGACCAAAGUCAAUCGGAUGGAUAUUGUGACUUUACUGGAGGGGCCGAUAUUUGACUAUGGUAACAUUUCAGGCACGAGAAGUUUUGCCGAUGAUAACGCUGUUUACCUGGAUCAGGCUGAUGAUUGUCACAGCAUCCUAGCGGAGCUGCAAUCCCCAGUCCAACUGCACUCUGACCCUCCCUUCACGGAGCUCCACUCUGAACCCCCUACCCUCACCAUCGACCCCACCCCUGUCCAGCUCCACCCACACCCCCCUACCCUCAUCCUCACCCAGUCUGAGCCCUGGACUGGCCACAUGGAGCCUAGUGUGGAGCCUGACACCUCCACUAGAACCCACCUUAGGCCCUGGGUGCUGUCCCUGUCCAUUCACACCCUUCACUUAGAUCCCACCGCUGCCACCAACACAGGAAUGGCUGAAGGUGACCAGGUGCUGAUGGUACAAGUGGAAGAAGAGAAAAAGGAAGUGGACAUAAGCCUCCAACAGCAGGAGGACAGCAGACAGACAGGGGCAUCAGCGGUGGAGGCUGAGGGGGAGGCUGAGGACGUCGUAAAGGGAGGUGGUGAGGAAGGGGUAGAGGUGGGUGAGAUGGCAGAAGAGGGGGAUAAAGUGGUAGAAGCAAAGAUCGGGGCUAAGGUAGCGGAAGAGGGGACUAAGGUGAGGGUGGAGGGGGGUAAGGUGGGGGUGGAGGGGGGUAAGGCAGUAGAUAAUGGGGCUGAGGUGGUAGAAGAAGGGGGUGCAUAUCUCUCCCCCCAGGCCUGGGCUGAGGCUUUGGGGGAGCAGGGUGUGUCUGGUUCCACCGAGGAAGAGGAUGGAGACGAAGACGAGAAGACAGAAGAUAAGUUAAAGUCGCUGUUGGAGGAUAUUCAUUUGGAGGAAGGCUCAGAGGAGGAGGACGAGGAAAUGACGGAGGCCAGGGUUCAGGAGAUUCUUAGUCAGGUGCAACAGGCAGAAAAAGACGUGUGUUCACUUCCAGGUUGGCACAGUGACACAUCCAGCGUCAACGUGGAGCCCCCCACACCCGGCCGCAGUGUGAGCUCAGACCUGCUAGACCGCCAGGAAAAUAGCCAGGAGAACUCCAGUGACUCCAUCACCUCUUCCUCUAGAGGAGAGCUAGCGAGGUCUAGGCACAAUGGCGAUAACACGGAGCUACCACCUCAGGACGGGUCACUUCCUGUAUCGCAGGACUCAGCCAACGGAAGAACUGGACGUGGGAAGGAAGAAGGCACGCUUGUAUCUGAGAGGAAAGUCCAGCAGCGUUUUAGUGAGUCCGGCUCUGACGAGGAGCGGACUGUCACCACCAGGGUGUUUCGGCGCCGGGUCAUUCUCAAGGGAGAACAGGCAAAGAAUAUUCCGGGCGAGUCAGUGACAGAAGAACAGUUUACUGAUGAAGACGGUAACAUCAUCACUAGAAAAGUCAUCAGAAAGGUCAUCCGCCGGGUGUCCACGCCCACGCCUGACGACCAGGGCGGGGACAGGGGGAGUUGGGACCGAGGAGACCCCUGGCCCUGCCCUUUCUUACUGGAGGAGGAGUUAGAGCAAGGAGAUGGAGCUAAAAGCAGGUCGGGAGAAAGGAAGCUUCAAUCGUAGGGGUAGCUGUGCUCCACCAGGUGUGCAGGAAUUCUUCUCAUCUGUUUCCAGGGCAGAAAGUUACAAACUGAAAAACUCAAGAAAUUUCAGCCAGGACUUGAUCCGUCUGAUUUCAAUAUGAGCAUGAAAAACUCACUCCCUGUCAAUUGAGGGACCUGGAAGUUUCUCACCAUGGAAUCUGAAUUCUAAUUGUAUGGCUCUCACUUCCUGUGGUCUAUGGACCAGGAGAAUUCUGCUUCCUGUUUGUGACUCGUAACGUGCCAUUGGUGUCGUGAGAGCUUUUGAGGAGUAUUGUGGUGACAACAAAAAGGACUCCAUCACAGAAAAACUACAGGUGCAACUGAACUUACACCUGUGACCAAAGAUGGCACAAAAGCUCAAUUCUAGUAGUAGGAGAAAGAAAAUCAACAAAAUUACACAAAACCUAGAGGAACACUUCUGAUCCACCUCCAACACUCGCCUUAUAGUUUUUUCUUGGACCCAUAAAUGUCAGGUUGUAAAUUGCUGUGGGGUUUGUUUUCCUUUUUAAAACUAAAAAUAAUACACAGCUUUUUCCUGUACAUAAAUUACAAUGUGUACAAUAGAAAAAUGAUGAGUUACAGGAUGAUAAUGCACAGGAGAGAACUUUACAAGUGCUUUCAACAUUAUUAUCAAAAUGGUUCCACUUUUAAGGAAGAUUUGAGUGUAACUUCACACGUUCUUGUAUAAUUCAUUAUUAUAGCAGGUAUAAUGUUUGUAUAUGAAAAAAGCUGGUUAGAUUUUAACAGAGGACAUUUCCAGAAAAUCUUCUGCAAAUUUAAGUGAUUCCUAAAAAGGGGAUGUAUCUAAUUCUGCAAAAGCAGAGUACUCAUAUUUUCAUGCAUGCCGUUCACAUUAUUUUAAGUACAAUUUUUACAAGUUUGCAAACACUGUAUUAAAAUGAGAAUUAAAACCCUUUAUCUGUGUACACAUAUAGUCCUUACAUUUGUCACCAGUUUUAUAUUUGAAAUGAAAAAAAAAAUACCAUAAAAGCAUUUAUUGUGUCGGGGACUAGGAACAGUAUGAAGAACAUUUGUUCUAUAGCUUCUUGAGGGUUUAAUGUAGUCUACCGUUUGUCUAUGUAAAACUGAACGGCACCUUCUGCUGGCAUUAGCAUAAAUGCUAUGAGAAAGAAGUUAUCUGAAUGUAUAUGCUAGUAGACUGGCUCGCCGUAAAACUAUAACUGUAUUCUGUGUAUUGGCUAUAAGGUGUAGAGGUCUCUGUACGCUGUAAGACUGUUUGUAAUCAUUUUAGCGGUGUGUCAUUUGGUUUUAUGAAGGCUGCUGUGGUUUUAAAGAAAAGGUGUCAUUUCCUUUUGGGCUUUGGUGAAGUACUUCCUUAAAUUUAAUCUACUCACAUAAAGACAUAAGACAUUAUUUGAUUGUAGCUCUUAAUAGAAUAUGUAUGACAAAAACACUGGAUGGUCAAACGAUUAUUUAAGCAUCAAAUGAAUUGUGUGAUCUUUCUUGGCUUGAGAAUCUGUAUGCGGUGUCUAACUAGCAUUCAUUUGAUAGCUCAUUGGCGAUUACUUUGCAUUAGAUCUUCUCUUUGUAUUGGUUUGACUAGAGGCCCAUGUAGUUAAAGUGUGGUGUUAUUCUGGUGUGAAGGCUCAGACUUAGUGUGAUGAUGUUUAUGCUGUGGACAUGACAACCAAGUAAAGGACUUUAUUUUCAGACAAGUGAAGUCAUUUAGGGUAUUGUAUCAUAUCUCCCAUCCUACAUGUCAAUCAGGGGGUAGAGGCUAAUUUGAUCAAUUUUGUUUGAUAUGUGUUUUCACCUGAGCUAAUUUUUCGAUGUACAAUUCUUACUAACAGAGUGAAGCCAUUGAAAUGUAACUAUUCUAGCACUUUGGUUAUUCAAAGUCUUCUUUUAGAGGCUAUAGCAGUAAUGACGCCACCACAAUGUUUCAAUUUAAAAACAAAAUAACAAAAUAAAAAUGCAUUGAUUUUGCAA